AAAGAAGGAAACAAACAGCGUAAGAAAAGAAGGGAAGAUCGAGGAAAGGACAAGAGACCGGAGGAGUUAAUUUAUCGCUGUCUUCGACACAAAGCCCUCGGACAUACUAUAUAAUAAUAACAAAAAGGAGUAAAGCUCGAUAAAUUUCGAAAAUACCUGUCUUGAUUUGUUUAUUUUAUUUUUUCUUUUAAACCAACAUCGAUUAUAAGUUGAAAAUCAACCGAGCAGCAAUGGCCCAGGAGACCAAUCAGAGCCCGGUUCCCAUCCUGUGCACCAUGGGCUGCGGUUUCUACGGCAACCCCAGGACUAGUGGCAUGUGCUCUGUGUGCUACAAGGAACACCUGAGUCGACAGCAGAGUAGCGAUCGCAGCCCAGUGAGCCCUCUGGCAGGCAGUCCUUCAUCGGAGACGUCGGCCAUGCAGAGACUAGAAGGCCUAAACAAAGCGGAGGCGACCUGCGCAGAAUCGACAUCAGAAGACAUGUCUGCCGCAGUCUCCCUGCCCGUCACACAACAGAUGACGGAGAUGAGCAUUUCCAGAGAGGAGAAGAGCCCAUCUCCUAAAUCGAACAAAGUGGAAGCAGUCGUUAGCCAGCCCACUUCCUCCUGCUCGCCCCUCAGUGAUGUGGCGAAGAGUCCGGACUCCAGCAAACCCAAAAAGAACCGCUGCUUCACCUGCCGCAAGAGGGUCGGCCUCACAGGUUUUGACUGUAGGUGCGGCCAGCUCUUCUGCGGCAUCCAUCGCUACUCGGACAAGCACAACUGCACAUAUGACUACAAAGCCGAGGCGGCCGCCAAAAUCCGCAAAGAAAACCCUGUGGUGGUGGCCGACAAGAUCCAGAGAAUAUAAAGCAAAGCGUAAAGCAUGGAAAGAGAAGUGUUGAGCUAAAACGGAUAUCGGAUAAACGGACUUGUGUUUUUCUAUUACGAGAAAGAAGACGAGGGGAAAAGCAAUCGUGCUGCGUGUGAUGCCCGUGCAUUAAUUACCGUUUGGUUCUAGGUAUUACAUUAUUAUUGUGUUUUUCUUUGACGCUCUCGCCUGCUGUGCCAGCUCUUUGCCAUAGUUCAGUUUAGGUUUGUAGAUCAAGGCGCCGUUUCAGGGAACCGUUAAUCCUAGUUUUCAUUUAGUUAUGAGCUUUGGUCACUUGACAGUGACUUCCUUUGCUCGUUCUUUCAGCUCCUGAUUAGGUUUAGGAUCGAAAUAAUAUUCCCACAAACGACUCGACUGUAUACAAAAGGAGAAACCCGAGGUUACAUGUUGUGUUCAUGAGAUCGUUUCAGGAUACCGAUCCAGCAUUGCGAUCUUCUCAUUUAUAUAUCAAGCCGAUAUUGAUAUUAAGUAUUGGAUCGUUGCUUUCCUAGAAAUCGCAUGGUUUGCCAAAACGAGGUUGUGCAAUUUAGCGUUGUGAGCAAGACGUUCUCGGACACUUGGGGUUUUUUGUUUGUUUGUUUGUUUGUUUUUGGUGCGCUGUUCUGCAGUUGUUUCCUUCCAGUCGGGAUUAGCAGACAGAUUUAUACCGUAUUUUCUUCUUUGAUGUUCCACUCGAGCCUGCUUACUAAAGGUCAAACAGAUCGACUUCCCACCUAGGCUGCCUGUCGGUCAUCAAUCAUUCAUCUUUUUGUUCCCCCCCCAUAACAAUUUCAUAAUGUGAACAUGCUACUGUGACCCACUGGUGGAUGUCGAUCCGAAGGCGUUAGUGUUGUCGUUCUAGCUUCUUUCACAGCACACGAGCUCACAGCCGUGUGGCCAUUAUUAUAACAGAUACCACGGGGUUGUGUUUGUUGUUUUAUCAUUCGAGUGAAGUUAUUUAGGCAUUUAUUUGGUGUUUGUGAAUGUGUGUGUGUGAGAAAGAGAGAGAGAAGCAGUCCUUCCUGAGUCAGUUACGUUUGGACAUUUGAAGCUCGACAAAGGGAUCAGUGUUUUGUUAAAUGUGAGCGUGAGCGCUGGCACCCAUAACUGAAAUCCUCUUUGUGUGUGUGUGUGCGCGUGCGCGUGUUCUCUCUGUGAUGGUUCCGGGAGUGUCGAAACUGUACGUAUCUGUUUUGAGUUUUAAUUUCAGCUAUUAGUUAUAUGCAAAUUUGUACAAAAGAAAACCUGUUCAUAUUUAUGUAUUGCAUUUAAUCCUUUUACUUGCCAUUAAUGCAAAAAAUAGUAUUGUAAAUAAAAAUGUACAGAAUAAAAAAAAC